UCCACCCUGCCCCUCUGGUGUUCUAUCAACCUCUUUCUCCAUCCGCCUGGUGCCCAGCUCCAGCUCAGCCUUCCCUGUUGGCACACUCCCUGCCGUCCCCCAUCCGGAAACCCAAAGAGAGAGCAGAAAGAUGUCCACGGGCAUGGGGACAGUAGACAGUGAUGAGGUGGCCCCUGGAGCCCUGCAGCCCACCCACAUUGAUGUGCACAUCCACCAGGAGUCAGCUCUGGCCAAACUCCUGAUAAGUGGAUGCUCCUUGCUUCGUUCCCCCAUCUCCAGCGACCUCUCCCAGACCAGGAGCAGGAGCCGGAUACUGGUGGCCUCCUGGGUGGUACAGAUCGUGCUGGGGGUGUUGAGUGGGGUUCUAGGGAGUUUCCUGUACAUCUUCUACUCUUCCCCCUUGUGCAACUCAGGAGCUGCCAUCUGGACAGGGGCUGUGGCUGUGCUGGCUGGAGCUGUUGCCUUCAUUUAUGAGAAACGGGGUGGCAUCUACUGGGCCUUGCUGAGGACCCUGCUCGCCCUGGCAGCUUUCUCCACGGCCAUUGCUGCUAUCAUCAUUGGGGCUGAUAAUUUCUAUAAGAGCUACUUUGAUUUUGGAGACUUUAUCUGUGAUGUCUCCUCGAGCACCUGGUACAGGGGCACCCCGCCCCCCAGCACUCCGAGUCCAGAAGAAGUCAGAAGGCUGCACCUGUGUCUCUCCUAUCUGAGCAUGCUGAAGGUCCUGUUCAUAAGUUUUCAGGCCAUGCUCUUGGGGGUUUGGGCUCUGCUGCUUCUGGCAUCUCUGGUCCCCGUGUGCCUGUACUGCUGGAAAAGGCUCCGAUGUAAGGAAACAGACCAGAAGAAACUGCUUCAUGUGAGUGAAAUCUAGCCUUGCUUUUCCUGAGUGUUCAAGCCUGGACUCUUUCUGGACUGCAUGUUCCUGCCUCUGGCUCCUGGGAGAAGGACAAGACUGGGGAAAAGAGAUUCUGCAGCAGCUCCUGCCCCCACUGCCGUGCCCACUGCCUUGCCCCACUGAUCGUGACAGAAGCUCUUCUGGCUGACUCACCUUCACCAUCCCGCUCUGCUUCCCGUCCCUCCUGAGCAGUGAUGCUAAUAAAUGUCCUGCUGUUGCUCCCA